AGGCUCUUGGAGAUGUUGGUUACUCCGCCAAUACAAAUUUAAGGAGGUAAAGAUUUUUUUUGUCUACUUCGAUACUCCCCUUCUAGAGUACUACAACUAGUUCUUGUGAAGUGACUGAACUAGAACUACCUCAAAGAUGGCGUCGAUCCGGCCAAAGGGUACUGCGCAGAUCCGCGACGAGACGACUGCAGGCCUCGAACAGCUCGCGAAUGCACGGAAUAACACUGGGUCUUCGCUUGCUGGAGAACCUGAACCUAAGAGACAGAGAACAGACAAGGUCUCGAUGCCUUCUGCUUUGGCAGAUGACGUUGGAGGUUCCGUAGACACCAGUUUGAACGCUAUCAAAAGCGCUGCGGCGACCUAUGUUAACCCAGCAGCGCACCAAGCUGGUGGGAGUUCGAGUUCUAGCAACGUGAAGGGCCACGUGGGAGGAGGCGACUAUAGUGAUUAUGGAUCAUGAGUGGAAGAGAUACAGUGAUAUUUGCUGAGAACAACUUGUUGAGUUUCUAUUUCUGAUUUGUCCACAAAAAUUCCCGCUGAAAAUGCGUGUGUUACGAAAGUAGACGGACCGACUUACCUUCAUCCAUGGUAAGUGAUCUUUAUAUAUGUAUCACUUUCAAUCACACUCUAGUUGUACCUCCACCUCUAAUCCCCCUUGAAUCCCAAGCAGCUAGCCGGCAGCCACCGCGUUCCCUCAGUGGAUGGCGAGAGGUGUUUUUGGUUUUACUACCAAGAUGCUCACGAAGAUGUUGCGUUUCGAAAUGGCGUAUGUCGUGUAGUGCUUUUCGGAAAGGUAAUGCAGGGCGCGAGACCUGCAAACUGCGCUGUAGUAGUCAACGGCAUGAAACGAAACGUUUUUUUACUUUUGAAAAAACAAGGCUUGUCAGAAGAAGAGCACAAAAAAGAAGCGGAGCUUGCGUUUCAAGAGUUUUGCGAGACACAACUGAAGAAAGCGCUGAGGCUUGGGAAAAGUAAUUAUCCUUCUUGAGAUGAUCUUACAUUUAGGUACUAGGCAUGUUCAUGCUCAACAAUCUUCACACGGAGUUGUAAAGAAUAGAUUUUUCUCUCGAUGAUUAAAUCCAAAAACCAAGUAGUACAAUCUCCUCAAAGUACCUUUUCCGAAUAAGAAUAAAAAUCGAGGAUUUUGGUCUAAAACUGAUAGUACAAUCUCCUCACUCAUUCAUCCACCUAGAUAUGGACGCUCUCUCGACCGUGCAGUGGAAAGCAGUCAAGCGAAAAUACGUCUUCGAAAAGCCGAUACCCCAUCCUCACGGAGAGUUGCAGUUUUGCAAGGUGUCCUUUGAUGGAUCCAGCGGUACUAUUCUAGAAUUAUGGGUUUCCGAAUUGCAUAUGAAUUCUUCACUAUAAGAUCCCUGACUCUUUUCCUAGUAGAAAAGAGGCCAGGGAUUAUGUGCUGAAGAGUGUAAAAGUUCCGUAACCUUUAAUGGAAGCUGGCGGACAACAUUACAGCGAUAUCUUCGGAGCACAGACUAGUUUUUUGGAGAUGCUGUUCAAAAAGCGCAGUUUGAAAGGACCCAUGUGGCUGCGAGUAAGAAAUCCGAAGUUAUGGUGGAAAGCGGACUCUGGAUAUUUGAAGUACUUUUUUUUUGGACGAAAUAGAAGUAGAAGUAGAGAUCGCACUCAAGAACUACGAAUAAUAUUUACAACUUCUCAACCUCCUCAACAAGAUCGUUAAAUCAAUGCCUUACACUCUUUGGCUUUAAAGAUAUAAUUUACAACUUCUCUUACACAACUCAUCUCCCAAUGAGUUUCAUCCUUCAUACUCACCCGGUAUGGAAGACGUGUCGCUAUGCCCAUUGGAAGCGCAUGUGUACAGCCACAAAGAUUUGUUCAGUCAGAGCGACAUGGUGAAGAAACGGAUUACGCCAUUGACCAAGAUGCCAUCUGUGAGUCCUCCAAUGACUCUAGCUAUGAUAGGCGUGAAAACGAGACAGCGAAAGCGAGGAGGCGAACAUGAACUAGUGAUGCUUUGCAUUGGGUGGAAGGAGCAGCCGUUUCAGGUAAUUGCAAUUCUUUGAUUUGAUUUGAGGGUUUUUUCAGUAGCUUCGAUCUAGCUUCGUGCACUUUGAUCGCCUUCUCCUUUCACUUCGUGCAGCUCACCCAAAAUUCGCAAACAUCCAGGUAGACAGCCCCGACCCGGACAUUUCUCGUGUGCAGUCGCAGAUGAGACGCUGGGCAAGAGUGCGUCAGUUCGCCGACGACGCAAAACUACCUGUCGUGAAUGGACGGCGAGUAGAGCUACCGAGUAUGGGUCCAAACUACGAGUGUGAAGUUUGUAACACGGAGCAUCAGCUCUUGCAGGAAUUUUUGACACAGCUCCGGAGACUGGAUCCUGAUGUGCUAGUGAUGCACAAUGCGUACGGCUUUGGCCUUGAUAUAUUGGGAAACAGGAUCAACGCGCAGAGACUGAAAGAAUGGCAUAUGGUACUUCGAUGGGCCGCUUGUAAGUACUACUAGUUUGAUGGUUUUGUUUUUUUGAUGUUCUUAAGGGAGGAUGCGGAUGGCUACAAACCUGAGUCAUGUAAAGUAAACUCGAACUCGAAUUAUAUUUAUGUACCCUCAUAAUAAGAUUCUUGACUAUCUAAGGAUCAAAAGCUUAUGUACCCUCAUAAUCACCGAUCCCAGGCUUCCCGGCUUCGUCGCACUGGUGACUUCCAGUACAGAAAAACAGGCGCAAGUGGGUUUUACCUAGGUCGACAGCUAACGAUUGGUCGCCUAGUUUGCGAUACGCUGCUCAUGAGCAGGGAUUUGAUUCCAAAGCAAAACAACUACGAAAUACCACAUCUCAUGAAACUCAAGUUCGACAUGCACGUUCCAGAGUAUUAUUUUUUUGUUGAUCGUUUGCAAGGGUGAGGCUGUGACUGAACCGACGAAAUUUGGAUUGGCUUCUUCAUGGUCAUUGUCCUCUUCUUGUAGCAUCAGUAGAGUCGCUACACGGCACUGCCAGUGCCACCAUCUACUACCAGUGCUAGUCUUACUUUGAUUAUAGCGCAAAAAUGCAUGAUGAUUUACUUUCCAAUCAAUGGGGUACUUUCACUUACACAUCACAGAACAAACUAAGUACAAAGGUUAUAGUUAGACACUUCUCUUCGUCUAUUCAUUAAAUCACUUAAAUAAAAAGCCUCAGCCGGCUUGUUUCCUCUUUCUACCUUUAGGCUAUCCCUUCUUGCAACAAAUCUUUAGGGUUGCCCUUAAGGCAGUCUGCACUGAACUUUGUGCGAGAUUAAUUGUAGCAACAAAUCUCUUCAUCAUCAGGCAUCCUCCUCCACUUGUCGACUACAAAGAUGCUAAGGUGGUUAAGGAGUAUGCUGCCUAUGCCAUGGACGAGAUGAUUUGCACCUUCAUGCUCAUGCACCGACUGGAGAUGUUGACUUUGACCAAGCAACUAACCAUCAUCGGAGGCAAUCUCUGGGCUCACAGCCUGCAGAACAAGAGGGCAGAAAGGAACGAGUACUUGCUGAUCCACGAGUUUCAUAGGGAGAAAUACGUGUGUCCCGACAAAGCGGAGUUCGGCGGGAAGAAGAAGGGAAACGUGGAUCUGGAAGACCUAGGGCUGGGAGGAGGUGAUGGAGAAGAUGGAAAUAAAGGAGCGAAUGCGCCGACAAAUAUUAUGUCCUGAUCAUGUUCUUGAAGAUGUUAAAGUUGUUGAGUUGUCACGUGGUUCGCAAAUGAAUGAAUGAAUGAAUGAAUGAAUAAAGUAGAUGCGUUGAGGUUGAAGCCAGAGUAUCGAGAAUGUAGAAGAAAUGAGUGCUCACAUUAGACUUCAUCUGGCUCCACCGCUUCUACCUUGCAAAUGCUUCCCACCUAGUCUUGUAUAGCAAUAGACCAGGAUGUAACUCCACGAACCUCUUCCACCUCUAAUCCCCACAAAAAAGCGGCUUAUUCGGGUGGUCUGGUGCUGGAGCCUAAAGUUGGCCUGUACGACGACUUCGUUCUUCUCUUGGAUUUCAACUCUUUGUACCCGUCGUUGAUCCAGGAGUACAACAUCUGUUUCUCCACAGUGCAGAGACCUCGUGGAGACCGCGCAGGACUGCUGACGGAGCAGGAGAUGAUGAAGGAAGUCACACCACCCAUGGCCAGAGACGAGAAAUCCGCAGGGGUGUUGCCGCGAGUUUUGAUUAUGCUCCUGGGUCAUUUCUUACACUUAUACUUAGUUUGACUUCACAUGAAGAUCUCUGUUGGACUUCCUUAAUUUGACUUUCACAAUCUCAGCUCUAGUCUGCCCGCUGGUCCGAGUCCUGUCAGGGCAGCACGAAGAGCCGAGUGCAGGGCUGUGUCGUUGUCGUUCCUAAGUGCUGGGUUUAGGAUCGCGCGCAAGUUGGACUGGCUAUCGGUUACGACGACGACCCUUUGGCCAGGGGUAGCCCUGGCGCCUAUCCCCCACAAGGUCGCCUCGAUUGCCGAUCUCUCCACCUCGAAGGAGUCACGUGAAGAUCUCUGUUGGACUUCCUUAAUUUGACUUUCACAAUCACACGAUCUCUGUUGGUCUUGAGUUUUUAAAAGUUCCCACUUCUAAGCGUCAACGCCUCGUCGAUUCGCGAAAAGACGUGAAGAAGGAGAUCAAAACCACCCCAGCUGGCGACAAGCAAAAGCUUGGCCAACUCGAGACCAAGCAAUUAGCUCUCAAGCUAACCGCGAACUCGAUGUACGGUUGUCUCGGUUUCGCGAAUUCCCGUUUCCACGCCAAGCCAAUCGCAGCGUUGAUCACACAGCGAGGAAGAAGCGCACUGAGUGAGACGCAGCAGCUGAUAGAAUUAAGGCUUCCCCUAAUGGUCCAUCUUCGGAGCAGAAGUCACCCUAGCUAGAGAGAGGCCUUUCAAGGGAGAAAGGGAAGCAGGAUGCUUCUGGAGAUGCAUUAGGGUGAGCUCUAAUAGAAACCAUGAAUUUCGAUGUCGUCUAUGGUGACACGGACUCUGUCUUCGUCAGGUCGAAGACCAAGGACUAUCAUGAAGCAGUGAAGAUCGCGUCGAGGAUCAAGUCGGAGGUCAACAAAAAAUACCGAAAACUGGAGAUCGAUCUGGACGGGGUGUUUCAAAGGAUUCUGCUCUUGAAAAAGAAAAAAUACGCGGGAGUCAAGAUUAAAGACUGUUAUGAGGUGGAAAAGGUAGAGUUAUAGUGAUGUCGACGAAUAGUUUCAGUGGUGGGCACGCGCACGUGAUGUCGACGAUGUACGGGAUGUCGAUGUAGAUCUUCAUUUGAAGUAAUUUGCACGUGAUGUCGACGAUGUACUAGAUCAUCUUCAUUUGAAGUGAUUUUGAUUUCCUCUGUCUAACACUCGGAAAAGAAGCUCCUCGACAAGGAGUACAAGGGUUUAGACCUGGUGAGAAGAGAUUGGUGCAGACUUAGCAGUGAUAUGGGCAAGGAAAUCUUGGAUAAAGUCUUGGGUGGAGAGCUUGCGGAUGACGCUGUAGUGGAAUGGAUACACGAGUACUUGAAAGAGACGAGGAAGAAUUAUGAAAUGUUCAGACUGAUGUUCUUAGUCAUGCUUAGCGUUCUUACAAAUGCACACUGUCACUGCAGAGGCAAUUCCCCAAGAUUACUUAUCUGAAAUGACCACUUCUAAUCUCCAAUAGACAAGGACGAGCUCUACCUCGCUUCGUUUUUGAUAACCAAGUCGAUCUCGAAGAUGCCGCACGAAUACCCAGAUCCUCGGAAUCAGCCUCAUGUGAUGGUCGCGAAGCGCAUGAUGGAGAAGGGUCUGACGGUGAAUCCCGGUCUAGAAGUGGCCUAUCUCAUCUGCAAGAGGCUAGAGGGGGAAGCGGGUGAAGGCAGUGCGAUCAAGCCAGAGGACGUCAGCAACAUUGGCAUGUGCGCUUUCUCAAUGGCUGAGUUGCAAGACCCUAAGAACAAGAUUCAGUUGGACAAAGAAUGGUACUUGAAAUCGCAGAUACAUCCACCGUUGAUGCGCUUGCUAGCGCCGAUUGAUGGAACUGAUGCGGGAAAGAUUGCGGAGGCUUUGGGCAUGGACAGUACGAAAUUCAUGGUCGCUUCUUUAGGUGCUGGGGCAGUGGAGCACGAUGCGGAAGAAGCGUCGACAUUGGUAGAGGAGAUAUUGAACCCGAUUACGCGAUACAAGGGAAGGAAGCUGCUUUUCGAGAUGCAAUGUACUUUUCUGUUGUUUUGCACUCUCUUCACGGACCUACAACUUUUAGCUUGGCUAGUAUCGCACAGAGUUCUGUUGAUAAUUCUGAAUUUCUCAUGGUCCAUCUCCCUUAGCAUCAUUACAACUCCAGGUUCCGGCUGUUCCAAGCUUAUCCCUCUUCAAAAGUUUCUUGGUCUUAACGAGGACUUACAAGUUGUCAAUGAGGACGCGAUGUUGCGCUGUCCCUUCUGCGACUUGCAAGAGCCAAGGAUGUUACUCAGUCAAAUCUUGCACGGGUUUCGGAAUAUCCACAUCCGAUAUAUGGAAGGCAUCACGACAUUUAAGGCCGCUUCAGGUAAUCCAUCUUAGAAUUAGAAAGCAUCUUAGGGUUAUGCCUGUUCCGUAAGUGGGAAAGGGCUUUAAGAUGAGUCGCAAGAUGGAUUGUGGUGAGCGCAAAUACAUGUACGGAGCAAACCUGUCGAAGAGUGUCUAAGACGCUGUCGCUGAAGAGUUGCGGACAGCGAUGCGAGAACCCGAACUGCAACGCAGAGGUGAAGCCAAAUGUGUCGCAACAAUUGGUGCAGGAUGAGAUUAACUUAUGAAAUCUAAAAGAUCCUGUCCACUACUAGAUCAUGGAUUACUUAUGUUGACUCUCUCUUCCGUCUUUGCAAGUCCUUGUUUGCUCUCCUCCUUAAAUUCUUCACUUCCCAGCUAGUCCUAAGUACAAAACUAAGCAAAUGCCUCUUUCCGUCACUCUAACACCUCUCGCCAUGGUCUUGCUCCUACGCGCGAAGACGUUCUUGCUGAUGAAGAAGGGCCAGCGCAGCGACACGGCCGACACGAUAUUGAGGGCGCUCGACCGGAGUCAGCAGUAUGUGCAAGUAUUGGGAAAUCACUCUGAGUACAACCAAAUCGAUGUUGGCCGUAUGUACUUCAAAAUAUACAACUGAUUGGUGGAGAUAUGAUGUACGUGAUGAUCAUGGAAAUUUACUUUGAUAGAUGAAGGCCUGUGACUUAUACCACAAUACGAAUACUUUUAUGUUGAUUACUUUUACAACGCGAACGGCCACGACACUGAAACAAAUGGUUAAAAUCAAAACACGACUGACACGCUCAACAUCACUUAUUCUCUGAACUGAAACUGUACGAUACGACACUGGAGGCAAAAAAAUCUUGAAAAAACCGGAACGCGUUACCUUGAACUUGUAAAAGUCAAACUUGAUUCC